AUGGUGAACACGCACGCUGCUCUUGUGGGGAAAUUAUUAGAGAAGUACGGUGUCGUUCGUUGGACUAUGAAUCACCCUACCGAUACCUCUCGCCAGCUGGCAAAGAAGAUUUAUGAUGAGCAGUUUGCCAAUUAUGCCGAUUACGACUGCAUUGUGCAAAUCGUCUUUCCCGAGGUCGAUUGUUUCGUGCGCAUGAAGGAGGACCCGUAUUACAAGGAAUUUAUCAAACCAGACCAUGAUAAAUUUGCUGACACAGCUAGAUCUAAGAUUAUUAUUGGCUUGUUCGAAGAGAUUAUUGAUAAUGGCAAACUCAUACGUUCCUAG